AUGACAGACUCCAUAUCUUCAAACAACAAGCUCCAAGGCAAGGUGGCCAUAGUCACCGGAGGUGCAAGCGGAAUCGGCGAGGCCACGGCUCGCGCGUUCGCCGCUCACGGCGCACGAGCCAUCGUCAUUACCGACGUCCAAGACGAGAAGGGCCAAAACGUGGCCGUGUCAAUCGGUUCCAACGUAUGCACCUACGUACACUGCGAUGUCAGCGACGAGGAACAGGUCAAGAACUUAAUAGACUCCACGGUGAAAUCGUACGGACGCGUGGACAUCAUGUUCAGCAACGCGGGCAUUGGAAGAGCGACCCACGCGUGCGAUCAGAGCGUGCUGGACGUGGACUUGGCGGCUUACGACAAGCUCAUGGCGGUGAACGCGCGUGGAAUGGCGGCGUGCGUGAAGCACGCGGCGAAGGCGAUGGUGGAAGGGCGCGUGAGGGGGAGCAUCGUUUGUACGGCGAGCAUAGCGGCGAGUGCUGGUUACCACAAGUUCGUCGACUACGUGAUGUCGAAGCACGCGGUGCUGGGGUUGGUGAGGUGCGCGAGCAUGAACCUAGGUGCGUAUGGGAUACGCGUGAAUUGUGUUUCGCCAGGGCUGGUUGGGACGCCAUUGUUGAAGGACAUGUUGGGGUAUGAAAAUGAGGAGGAGGAUAAGGUGGUAGAGUCGACUUACACCUUGAAAGGUGGGGCGAUGAGGCCCAAAAAUGUGGCGGACACUAUGGUGUUUCUUGCUUCUGCGGAAUCCCAGUUUGUCACUGGCUAUGAUUUGGUGGUGAAUGGUGGAACGGGAAAUAAGAACCUCAGCCUUCAACGUGUCGCGACAGCGCCGCCCCUGACCUCAGGCAACAUCAAGGUAUUUCAGUUCUCUCUCCUUUUCCCUAUCUCAUCUCUGCUCUGACUCUCUUUCUCUCUCUUUUUCUCUAUCUCAUACUCACAGUGGCAGAGCCAUGUUAUGGCCCAAGGGUUCAUGGCCCCCCCAAAUUGUUUUUGAAUUUUUAGGAAUGUAACUUACGAGCUUGAUGAUUUCUUGUCUCAAAUCUGUGUUCUAGGAAGGUAUUAGGAGUAGGAAACUCAUUUCUUCUUCUCUUUGAGUUGUUUUCCAAAGCUUUUUAGUGCUUC